CUGCAAACAGUACGUGUGACUCCUUCCUUUCUGAAGUGAGCUGUCUGUCUUCCUAGACUUCCUUCUGAUAUUAUUUAGCCGAAUCUGAUAACAAUUCAUUGAGGUGUUUACUUUAGGCUGAUUUAAAUGAAGAUUUAUGCUUUUUAAUAACUCUUGAGUUCAUGGGCGAGUUCAUUGGUCCCUGGUAAACUCUUGUGCUGAUUAGGUAGUUCCUCCUACAGUUUCUUGGGAUCUGACUGUGUUCUCGCUGUCAUCAUCAUAAUCUCCCUCUUCCCUUCUGUGGGAUUAUUAUGGCGACAAAGCAGGGCAGCUUGUGACUAUCCUCUGCUAUCUGCAGGCCUUUUCUUUGUUUUGUUUUUAGUAUAUAUUUUUUCUGGCUGUGAACUGGUGGAAUACCAGAAGCCAAAAUGCUGAACCAGAGUGCUGUCAUGAUCUUCACUGGGAUCUGUGGGGCGAUGGUGUUCAUGGCAAUGGCCUACUAUGUCUACUGGUCUGUGGUGCUGGCAGAAGGGCCGUGUAAACGGGGCUUGUAAAAGGACUCCACCGUGGUUGGUCGUAGUGUAUAGAGAGGAGCCCACUCAGCCCUCCAGGCUCCUCAGCCAUGGCUCUGCUGGCCUACCUGAAGAGCCUGUUCAUCUUGCAGUUGCUGAUGGGCUUUGUGUUUGUGGUGAGCGGCCUCAUUAUAAACUUCAUUCAGCUGUGCACCUGCAUCCUCUGGCCGAUCAACAGGCAGCUCUAUCGCAGAAUCAACUGCCGGCUCUCCUACUCCCUCUGGAGCCAGCUGGUGAUGCUGCUGGAGUGGUGGUCGGGCACAGAAUGCACCCUAUACACCGAUCAGGCUACGGUGGACAAGUUUGGCAAGGAGCAUGUCAUCAUCAUCCUCAACCACAACUUUGAGAUUGACUUUCUGUGUGGAUGGACCAUGUGUGAAAGAUAUGGCGUUUUAGGGAGUUCAAAAGUGCUAGCCAAACAUGAGCUCCUGAAGGUCCCUCUAAUUGGCUGGACGUGGUACUUUCUGGAAAUUGUUUUCUGCAAAAGAAAGUGGGAAGAGGACCGAAACACUGUCUUCAAAGGCCUAGACAGACUCAAAGACUAUCCUGAAUAUAUGUGGUUUCUGCUGUACUGCGAGGGCACCCGCUUUACAGAGAAAAAGCACCAAAUCAGUAUGCAGGUUGCAGAAAGUAAAGGCCUGCCCAUACUCAAAUAUCACCUAUUACCCCGAACCAAAGGAUUCACCACCACACUGCAGUGUCUUAAGGGCACAGUGACUGCUGUGUAUGAUGUGACUCUGAAUUUCAAAGACAACCAGACUCCCACCCUCCUGGGCAUUGUCAAUGGCAAGAAGUACAAAGCUGAUAUGUCUGUAAGGUAAGCACCGCUGAUGCCCGCUCUCUACUUUUGAACAAUCACUUUUUGUAAUAAGGCACUGCACUCUCAGCUGUUUCUUCAAGUAAACUAGAAUAAAUGAGUUUUAAGCAUUUUGGCCUCCUCCCAAC